CGUUGGAUGCAACCCGCCAAGAAGAACAAAAAGAAAACGAAGAAGAAACGAAGUUCAACAACAACGACUAGCGCUAAACGUCAGUGCAACCUCUAUAAAUUAAAGUGUGUACAUAUCUCGUCAAAUUAUGAGGAACAUUGGAAUUUAAAAUAACGGAUGUGUCGACGUCGCCUGGUUGGAAAAUAUAAUUUUGAAUUUGGCUUUUAGCAAUUAAUUUAGUCCAGCUUUAGCACAGUAGCAUCAUGGCUAGUCCUGCGAGUACAAAUAUGAAUGCUGUCCGCGAGACUAUGGAUGUGCUCCUGGAAAUGUCAAGGCUUCUGAAUACAGGAUUAGACAUGGAGUCUUUAGCCAUAUGUGUGCGCCUCUGCGAACAGGGGAUCAAUCCGGAGGCCCUGUCAUCAGUUAUUAAGGAACUUAAAAGAGCUUCUGAAUCUUUAAAGGUAAGCAAUACACUAGAAUUACCAGAGGAUGGUAUAAUUUAGUGAUGCACCGGAAUG